CCCAGCCUAUCCAAGCUGACCCCAACUGAAGACCCUGCAUACCGGAUGGAGCUGAUCCUGAGUCCCAGCCCAGCCAAGCUGACUCUGGAUCCUGUAUGCUAGCCAGAGUUGACCCUGGAUCCCUCACACCAACCAGAGCUAACUCUGAGCCCCCGGCUAGCUGAGCUGACCCCAAGUCUUGCAUGCCAUCCAACGAUGACCCUCAGUCCUGGUGCAGCUAAGAUGAUUCCGGAUCCUGCAUACCAGCCAGAGGAGACCCCAGUCCCCAACCUGGCCAAGCUGACGCUGGAGCCUGUGCACUGCAGGCCUGAGCUCCUGGAUGCCUGUGCUGACCUCAUCAAUGAGCAGUGGCCCCGCAGCCACACCUCCCGCCUUCACUCCCUGGGCCAGUCCUCAGACGCCUUCCCUCUCUGCCUGAUGUUGCUGAGCCCUCCCCCCAUGCCAGAGGCAGCCCCCAUUGUGGUGGGCCAUGCCCGCCUGUCACGGGUGCUGGACCGGCCCCAGAGCCUCCUGGUGGAGACAGUGGUGGUGGCCCGGGCCCUAAGGGGACGUGGCUUUGGCCGCCGCCUCAUGGAGGGCCUAGAGGUCUUUGCCAAGGCCCGCGGCUUCUGCCGGCUGCACCUCACUACCCACGAUCAGCUGCACUUUUACGCCCACCUGGGCUACCAGCUCAGUGAGCCUGUGCAGGGCCUGGUCUUCACCAGCCAAGGGCUGCCCACUACCCUGCUUAGUGCCUUCCCCAGGGCCUCCUACCCCCAGCCACCCUGCAAGGCCCCCAACCUGACUGCCCAAGCUGCCCCAAGAGCCCCCAAAGGGCCCCCAUUGCUCCCACCCCCUCCCCUGCCUCCCCUAACCACCCCACCCCCACCCAAAGCAGGCUGCUCUCUGCAAAGCCUGCUGGAGACACGAUACCGAGACCUGAGGGGCCGUCCCAUCUUCUGGAUGGAAAAGGACAUCUGA